AUGUCUGCCCCCGCAGUGCCCGCCCAGGUCCACGAGAAAGCCCCUCGUCACCCAGCCCCCACCGGCGCCAACCUGUCCGCCGCUGAGGCAGGCGGUGUCCCGGGAACACGAGGCAAGGCGUACGGACAGGACUUUAGCUUCCUGCGAUGGGUGCGACUGCAUGCCCUCGACCUCAUUACUAUGGCCGCCAUGGGCGCUGUAGGGCUGGGAGUCUACGAAGCAGACCCCGCGCCGACAAGAAGCUUCCCCGUCUUUAACCUUGACGGGAGCAUCGCCUACCCGGAAUUCGCCUACCCUCUGCGCCACAACAUCAUCCCAAUCUAUGCCGCUGCCCUCCUUGCCUUCUUCGUUCCCUUUGUCUUUUUCGUCCUCUUCCAAAUCCGUCUGCGCUCCAUUGAUGCCCUUCUUGGGACGACAAUGGGCUUGCUGGAGAGUCUGAUCACCGCCGCCGUCUUUCAAGUGUUCCACAAGUGGCUGAUCGGCGGCCUGAGACCGCACUUUUUGGCAGUAUGCGACCCGGAUGUGGACGCUCUCACCCAGAGUGGCAUUGGAUUCCAGAGCGUCAUGUACGACCGAUCUAUCUGCAGGGGCAACCAAGACACCAUCAACGACUCGCUCGAGUCUUGGAUGUCUGGUCACUCUACCGCUGCCUUUGCUGGCUUCGUCUACCUCUUCUUCUACUUUAACGCCCAGCUGAAGGUCAUGUCUGACCACCGACCCGCCUACUGGAAGAUGAUCCUCACUAUCGCACCUCUCCUUGGUGCCAGUCUGAUCGCUGCCUCGCUCACUAUCGACGAAUUUCACAACUGGUGGGACUGCGUUGGCGGCGCCGUGGUCGGUACACUUUGCGCCAUCGUUGCCUACCGCAAGACUUUUGGCGCUCUUUGGGACUUUAGGUUUAACCACAUCAUGCUCCCCCGCGGCACAUCGCUCUUCUUCCACCGCAAAGCCGUCGACGAGGUACCUUUCACCUCUCGAUUCCAGUACUCUGCGCAAGAGACUGGAGUGCAGAGGCCGGUGGCUAGUGAGGGAGGAUGGAGGAAGGAGUGGGGAAGCGCGGGUGCGCCGUCCGAUGCGACAGCCAUGAUGGUCUAA